AUGCCGAACGGUCGCCCACCGCCGCCGUCGUCGCUGUGUGAAAAUCCGAUCCAAGCAAGCGCCAGCUCGCUUACUAUUUCGGGAACUAGCAGCAGGUCAACACCACUGAAGCCCGAGUUAGCCACGAGGAGGGUCACGAUAGCAGCUACAGGUUACGAUAGCGUCACAACGUUAUUGACGUAUGAGCCUGGAAAGGGCCCGUCGUCUACCUCUAAACCUGUGCCAAGUGAGCGGGAAUCAGCCAUCAUUACAUUAUCAUCAGGGCCGACAGGAGGAGGAGCAGCAGCAGCAGCAGUAGCAGCAGCCGCUUCCUCGCCCGCGCCUGGUGUCCCCGCCCCCCGUGAGAUGUUCAAGCAAUUCCUGACACGGGCAUUUCAACUUCGGGCGAAUGGCUCUGAUCUUCCCAUGGAUCAGCGCUCUCUGUCGCCCGAGUCUGUCAAAAGGGCACUCGAGGACUCUCAAGGAGAGUUCAUCCAGGUGCAAGUCAAGAUAGAACCGGGCCUGCCCCAACCUCCUCCGGGAGGAGGCCACCGUAGGAAGAGAUCCAGGACGUCGGCCGCCAGUCUCUCCAAGGUCGGCAAGACACGCAACAGCCCCAAUGGACGUCCGACACCCACUCCACGGUUGAAGAGAAGAGGUAGUUCCUCUGAAAGCACCCAGACCCUUGGGUUGUCACCAGCAUCGCCCCGAAACACGAGAUCAAACACCCAACUCGUCAGCAACCUCGUCGGCAAGGGAAUCCGUCCCAGCCAGGCGGAACACGCCAGCUUCUUCACCAUGCCACAGGGACAGGAGUACUUGCCAGAACAUCCCAACAUCGUGGAAGACCCCACCAAGAUCACCGACUUCGACGCCCUCACCUACCCGGUCGAGGUCCCCAGCGGGAAACGGGGCGUGAACAAGCAAUGCGUAAACGCAGAAGCACUUCGCCAACUGGCCGACGAGAUGCGCGGAUAUCCACUGGUCGACUACGACGCACAACUAGACGAGGCCGUCCAAGCACUUACCGACACCGUGGCCUCCAUCAACAAAGCCAAAGAGCUAAGCCUAGAGAAGGCCCAAAAAGACAACCUGAAGAGACUAAGCAUCCAAUUCGUCCGGGACAUCAAAAGAGCGCAAAAAAGUUACUUAAACGGACUCGAUGACGUGGGGUUAUGA